CGCAUCACUAAAACUGUCAUGUCGCCAUAUUUGUUUAUUGUGGAUGUUUUGGUUGUUACCAAGAUUUUUACUUUUAUACACAAUUAGAUCCUGUUUUUAACGCAAUGAUCUAGACUAUAAAUGUGAUUUAAAAAUAUUCCUUUAGUGGCAAAAGCGAUGUAUCAUUAUUCAAAUCAGUCAAUUUAUAAUUAUGAUGUUUAUUCACAGUGUUCUGUCGUCGAUUUAAAUAAAAACCUCAAUGAAACAAUUUCUUUAACUGAACAUAAUCAAUACCAAUCUAAUACAGAAAAUGUUUCGUUUACAACACUGACCACGAGCCAUAGUACUCCAACCGAGACCCGAAACAACGGAACCGAAAGAAAGGAAAAACUGACUGAAAAAACAGUAGUGGAUACAUCUAACUUUAGUAUAGAGGAGAGAUUAGUUGCCGCAGUUUGGGUACAUGAAAGAAAAAGGACAAAUGUUGGUAUGAGCCAAAUAAAACGAGACUUUCGCCAACGGUUUGGACGUCAGCCUCCUGCUAAGAACACCUUGCUGGCUUGGGAACGAAAGCUGUUUUCCACAGGUAGCGUCCGAGAUGCACCUCGUCCAGGAAGGCCUGUAAAUAGGUACUGGUUUACUUAGUGUUACCAUAUUUGAUUCUUGCUUGUAAACUUACAUAAUGGUAUUCUAUGCUAUAUUCUUUUGUAUUUUUUUAAUGUCAUCCUUUAC